UACUCUUCACUGUUUGUCAGUGUUUCUCAGUUGAGUUUCAAAAUCCACAACCAACAAACAAUAACAUGGCUUCCUCAAUUUCCUUAACAUCCACUCCCCCUUCCACCUCCCCUCCCUUCCACCAUAGAAACCUAUUCCUUUCAUUUCCAGUCUCAAUCCGCAUCUCAAGCAACAGCUCUGCCUCUGCACUACUCCCUCUCUGCUUUGCUGCUAAGUCCCAGACGGGUGGACCCGUCAAGAAACGGUCGUCCUCAGCGGCAGGGAAUAAGAGGAGGAGGAAGGGGAGAAAUGGGGAUGAUGAUAAUUUGAAGGAGCUAACAUUGAGGGAUGUUGAGAUUGUGGAAGAAAAUGUUGAUGAUGAUGAAGGGUCAUCUUCUUCUUCUUCUUCUACUACUACUACUGCUACGCGUGCUUUAGCUUAUCAUCCUCCGCCGCUGCCCAAACCACCUGCUGGGUUCGUGGUUGAUGAUACUGGCAGGGUUCUCAUGGCCUCAAACAAGAGAAUUGCCACUAUGGUUGAUUCUGCCAACAACAAUCCAUUAGAGUGUGUUAUAAGGAGGGUAUUCGAAAGUUCUCAGGGGGAUGAAUGUAUGCUGCUCUGCCCAGUUGACACGCCUGUUCAGAUAUUGAAGAGCACAAAUAUUGAUGGAUGGUCAGCUGUCAGUGAUGAAGAAGUUGAAGCUAUUCUUCCUACAGCUGCAUAUGCUCUUGCAAAAAUACAUAUGCAUCUGGUCAAUAGUGGAUUCUGUUACACAGCUCGGGGAGGAUUUUGCUACUCAGAAGAUGACAUCUUUGAUUUCCGCUCAGAUGAUGGUCAAGAUAUAGAUGGCUUGCCAACUGAAGGCAUAGAAAUUACGUGCUUCCAUCUGGUAAUAACCCUCAAUUUUCUUUCCAUUUCAAAGUUUCAUCUGAAGUUGAAGUGGCUUGCAUAAGUGUCUUCUAAGAUC